GAACCUUAUUUUGACUACUGCUCGCCCCUGUGGGAUACGUGUGGUAAGCAACUGAAAGAUAAAUUACAAAAAAUUCAAAACCGAGUGGGAAGGGUUAUUACGGGCUCUUCAUAUGAUGUUAGGUCUACAGAUGUGUUGAAUAACUUAAAAUGGAAAACCCUUGAAACCAGGCGCUUCCAUACAAAGGCUACCCUUGUGUAUAAAAUCUUCAAUGAUCUAUCUGCCCCCAACUGCGCAACUCCUUUGUAA